ACUAAAGGCAAUGGCGAGCUUUUUCAGAUUCGCCACCUCACAACAUGAAAAAACACCUCAUUUGUCUCGUCAAAUUACGAUGAAUUGAUAUAUCGACCUGAUAAAUAUAUAUUUAAAUGUUUACUUAAUUCAUAGGUACAUUUAUUUAGUCCGAUGCGUGCAAUCUAAUCGCUGAAGAAGAUCCUACUACCCCGGAGCAACAAUGAGUAUCGUCACAGUGAUCAGCCGGAAGUUCCUUGGCAUCGUCUUGGGCAUCAUGGCGCUCUUCAAGAGAGCCAUGUGCUUCCUUGGGCGGAAACGCCGGGAUAGCGGAACUCUCCUGCCGACAGCCAAUCAUUAUCCUAAUCCCAUGUCGGCAAAUGUUACACAGUCCGUGCCGGGAAAUGAGGAGAAAGCAGUUCAUGUGUUAAUGGAAGGUGAUAGUGGUGGGCCUCCGGAGGUUGAGCUCGAGUCCUGGGACAACUGGGGUCAAGGCGACGGUACCAUCAACAUCAGCGUGGUCGAUAAUGGUAUGGCCAACAAUUACCAAACAGGUGGACCAGGUCACCAUGGCAACCAAAUGAAUAACACUGAUGCACAGGAGGAGCCAGAAAUAGACUUCUUUCAGGAUAUGACGCCGACAUUUAGGAAACCAAAAACGAUGUUUGUUGGCUCAGAGUCAUCACAGAAGAUAUUGAUCCGGAAAAAGGAAGAGCAAGCUGGGACGUUGUCAUCAAGGCUGGCGAUGUCGUCAGGAUCGGAUAUUCCUCAACAGGGACCGGAUCUUGGUUCGUGGGAAGACACCGAGAAUGCCUGGGACGAGGCUUUAGGUGAAGAUCUGUCGUGGGAGGCGGAGGCGGCCAUUAAAGAAAAACGUCGCCAAGAGCGUGAACACCGUUUCCUGGAACACCAGAAGAAAAAAAUAGAGCGAGAUUCUCAGAGACUUCAUAAAAAAGACAGCGGUGGUCACAUUAGCGCGGUGAAAUUAUCAUGAUGGAGUGUACUCUUUUUUACUGUGAUAUGUAAUGAGUAUUCUGGAAGAUUAUGCAUGGUGAAUCUGGACCAGGUGUGGACUGAUUGAUAUCAGCUGCAUAUAAUGUAGCUACCGGUAGUUGGGGAGAUUCUGGACUCUGGAUAAUUGUGUGAAGUUCUCUUACACUGAACCAAAGUGGCAGCAUGCACGAGCUGCACAACUGACAACAACUUGUGAAGGGAUGGUCGUAUUAGUCAUGAGGUAUGUUAUCAGUGAAUAUUCUGGACAGUGUACAAGUUAUCUUAUCCUGAACUAAACUGAUAGCAUGCAAUAGCUGCAGGAAGGGGAAUGACAUGUAACUUGCUGUGUUAUCAGUGAAUAUCGUGGACACUGUGCGAGAUGUCUGGUCCUCAACUGAGCAUGCAUUAGCUAUUAAAAUGGAGAAUUGUAUUAGCAACAUGUAACAUGUAUGUUAUGAAUAAAUAUUCUGGACAAUGGGUGACAUGAAUAAAGACUAGCAAAUGCUUUUACUUCAAUUUUGUACAGAAAGGCCUAGUGUAAAUGUACAUGGAGUUUUAGAUAAAAGCAUUUACUGCUCUUUAUUCAUAUCACCCAAUGUGCAAGUUAUCUGGUUCUUAACUUGAUCUGAUGAUAGCAGCAGUAGAUAUAUUGUUGGUGUUUUCUGACUGUUAGAUCUUUAGUGAAAGGAAAGACUGAGUAAUGGAACUUGGCGUGGGGAUCUGGACGUUCUGGUCGAGAGAUCGACCAGUGUAUGAUCUGUUUUGCAUAUCAUGCGAUGUGAAGUAUUCAUUGAGAUGUUCAUUUAAUUGUUUUUUCUUUUCUUUCUAAAAUUGGUUCACUGAAUGUCGUAGUACGGUAAUACUAUGUUAUUUCUUCCGAAAAAGCAGUGCAAUGAUAAUUAUUUAAGCUUACUCUGUAAUUCUGCUUGCUAGGGCCUGGUUGUCAUUGACUGACACUGUGUUAUUUUCUUAAAGUGUUUUUUAGGGGUUAAGAAUUGUCCGAGGUAUUCUACGCCAUUGUUGGUGACCAAAGUUUGUUCUGAACAGCCAGGCUCAGGUCUGUAAAGGCGAUUUAGAAAUAUAGACGUCUGAUUGUGUCUUUGGAUGUACAGUGGAACCUCCCUUAGCGGACACCUCUCUAUUCAGGACAACCUCUCCAUUAAGGACACUAGUUUUGGUCCCAAAUUGGUUGUUUCCAUUCAAUUUGACCUCUCUAAUCAGGGCACCUCUCUAUUAAGGACAGCAUUUGUCGGUCCCGAUAGUGUCCUUAAUAGGGAGGUUCUACGUAUCGACACUUUGAGUAUGCCUGCGAAUAAAAAUUUAAAAU